AUGACCAACGGCGCCGCCACCAAGACCGCCUCAGGCGUGUCGUUUUGGACCCCUGCCCAGGAGCCCCCUGCCGGCACCCCCGUCGACGCCUCAUCCGCGCCGACGCUCUUCCAGCCCCUUACGAUCCGCGACGUCACCAUCAACAACCGCAUCUGGGUCUCUCCCAUGUGCCAGUACUCGGCCGAGGACGGCCACCUGACGGACUACCACCUGGUGCACCUAGGCCAGUUCGCGCUGCACGGCGCCGCGCUAACCAUCAUCGAGGCCACGGCUGUCGAGCCGCGGGGCCGCAUCUCGCCCCAGGAUGUCGGUCUGUGGAAGGACUCCCAGGCCGUGUCGCUGAAGCGGGUGGUGGACUUCAUCCACUCACAGAACCAGGCCGUGGGCAUCCAGCUUGCCCAUGCGGGGAGGAAGGCGAGCAACGUGGCGCCGUGGAUCAGGGAGAGGCACGGCAAGUGGCUCGCGCAUGAGAGCGAGGGCGGGUGGCCCGACGACUGUGUUGCGCCGAGCGCCAUCCCCUACGCCGAGAACUGGGCCACGCCGCGAGAGCUGACCGUCGAGGAGAUCCAGGGGCUCGUAAAGAGCUUUGCCGACGCGGCCAAGAGAGCGGUUGAGGCUGGCGUCGAUCUAAUUGAGAUUCACGGCGCUCACGGGUACUUGCUCACCGAGUUCCUGUCCCCUCUGACCAACAAACGUACGGACCAGUACGGCGGCAGCUUCGAGAACCGUACGCGUUUUCUUUUCGAGACCCUCAAGGCAGUGCGCGACGUCAUUCCAUCCGGCAUGCCGCUCUUCCUCCGCAUCUCGGCGACAGAGUGGAUGGAGUACGCCGGCAACCCCUCUUGGACGAUCGAGGACUCGAUCAAACUCGCCAAGCUCUUGCCGGAAGCCGGCGUCGACCUGCUGGACGUCUCUUCCGGUGGCAACAACGAGGCGGCUAAGAUCGAGAUCAGUCCGUACUAUCAGGUCAGCCUCGCGGGCCGCAUCCGCGCGGCGCUGGAGGCCGAUGGGAAGAAGCUGCUCAUCGGCGCCGUGGGCAUGAUCAGCAGCGGCGAGAUGGCGCGGAGCAUCGUCCAAGCAAAGAGGGCGAAGGAGCACGCGCAGGCCAACGGGCAGAACGGGGCCGAUCAGGGGAACGUGGCGACGCUGGAGGUGGACGAGGAGCACGGGCAGGUGACGCAAGCGGACGCGGUGCUCGUUGCUAGGCAGUUCCUGCGGGAGCCAAACUUUGUAUACAAGAUCGCGGACGAGAUCGGGGUGAACGUCAAGUGGGCAAACCAGUACGAGCGGGCGCCUCUAGUGAAGCGUUGA